AUGGCAUCAUCACACGGUGACCUCCGCCAUCUCCUCCCGACUUCAUACAAACGGCUCAUCUCCGAAUGGCUGGAGGAAGACUGCCCCAGCUUCGACUACGGCGGGUUCGUCGUCGGGGAGUCAGAAGGUGAGGCCAAGUUACUCGGGAAGAGUGAAGGUGUAAUCGCCGGUGUCCCAUUCUUCGACGAAGUCUUUUCCCAGCUUGGAUGCUCAGUCGAAUGGCAUCACCACGAAGGCGAAACCCUCCCCGCGCAAACAAAAACCCACGUCGCAACCGUCCGCGGCCCCAUCCGCAAGAUCCUGCUCGGCGAGCGCGUCGCCCUAAACAUUCUCGCGCGGUGUUCCGGGAUCGCAACCAAGACGUCCUCGCUUGUAAAUGCGCUACGCUCGCACGGAUGGCAGGGGACACUAGCAGGGACACGCAAGACCACGCCGGGCUUUCGGGUUGUUGAGAAGUACGGGAUUCUCGUUGGCGGUGCGGAUCCGCAUAGGCAUGAUCUGAGCAGUAUGACUAUGUUGAAGGAUAACCAUGUUUGGGCCUGUGCGAACAAUGCGGCAUCUAGGACGAGGACACCUGGUGUGAGUGAUGAGGAGGAUAUAGCCGCGGCGAUUCCGAAGGCCGUGCAGGCUGCGAAGGCGGUUGGGGGGUUUUCAACGAAGGUUGAGGUUGAGGUGCGGAGUAUUGAGGAGGCGAACACGGCAAUUGAAGCUGGAGCUGACGUAGUUAUGUUGGACAAUUUUACGUCCGAUGGGGUGCGUGAGGCUGCGAAGAGGUUAAAGGAGGAGUGGGCUGAGAAGGGGAAGCCGAGAGGCUCGUUUUUGGUCGAGGUCAGUGGUGGGCUGAAUGAGGGAAAUGCGGUGCAGUAUGUAUGUGAGGAUGUGGAUAUCCUGUCCACGAGUUCAAUCCACCAGGGUGUUGGUAUCGUGGAUUUCUCGUUGAAGGUUUCGCUGCGAUAG